AUGAUGGAAGGAAAAGUUAGAGGCUACCAUCAUGUUGACAGAUUAGAACUUGAUCAAGAAAAGGUUAGAAACUUAUCUACUCUUGAAAGAUCUUCCCUGAGAAAGAUGACAGUAAAAUUGAAUGUGAGCAAGAGCACAUUAGGUCAGUGGGUGAAGCAAGGUAAACUACGGCCACAUACAAAUGCAAUCAAAUCUGCCCUCACCAAUAUGAAUAAGAUAGCAAGAGCUAGAUGGAGUCUUAGUCAACUUCGGCCACAGAUUACUCAAGGUAGAGUUCAGUUUCAAAGCAUGCACAAUGUAGUGCAUAUAGAUGAAAAAUGGUUCUAUAUGACCAAGGUAUCAGACAGGUACUACCUCUUGCCGGAUGAGGAUGAGCCAUAUAGGUCAUGCAAAUCCAAGAGAUACAUCACCAAAGUGAUGUUUAUGUGUCCUGUCAGUAGACCACAGUUUGGUAUGGAUGGGCAGGCAACUUAUGAUGGUAAGGUGGGAAUAUUUCCCUUCACUGAAGUACAGCCAGCACAGAGGAAGUCAAAGAACAGGGCAAGAGGCACCAUGGAAACCAAAGCAAUCAAUUCAGUCACAAAGGCAGUGAUGAGGGACUGCCUUAUCCACAAGAAUAUACCUGCAAUUAAGGCCAAGUGGCCUGUUGGGGCAAGUAAAGACAUUUACAUUCAGCAAGAUAAUGCAACCCCACACAUAACUGCCAUGGAUACAGAUUUUCAGGCUGUUGCCAAUUCAGAUGGAUUUAAAAUCCAACUGAUUUGUCAACCACCUAAUUCCCCUGACACUAACAUCUUAGACCUGGGAUUUUUUAGAGCAAUUCAGUCACUGCAGCAUGAGAAACCAUGCAAGACUGUGGAUGAACUUGUGGGGAAUGUGUGUAGCUCAUUUGUAGAGCUGUCACCACAAACUCUCAACAGAGUUUUCCUAAGCUUGCAGGCUUGCCUCACUGAAAUCCUACAGUGCAGAGGUGGAAAUGGAUACAAAGUCCCCUGA